AAAUUGCCCUUAUCGCUAUCUCCACCUCACUACAUAUAAAUACACGAUAAGAGCACUUACAGUUAAUGAUAAAUCAAAGCUUCUUUAAGUCUAUUCUGAAAGCUGAAACGCUCUCUCGUCGUCCUUCUCAAUUCAUGUGGCUGCCAGAUACAUCUGAAGAAGUGAAAAAUAUGGUGGAAGCAGAAAGCAGGGCACAAGAUAAUAUUCGGAAGAUGAUACUUGAAGAAGCAAUAAGGAAGGCAAAGAAGAUCAUGGAAGGACAUCCAGAAAAGAUGUUUACUAUAGAAGAAUAUCAGAGGUUUCAUCAAUGUGCCUAUGAACUGAGUGCUUUUCCUGGAUCUGAUGACAAUUCAAUAUGGAUAUAUAGAAGAUUUAAGACGACCUUGGAGGAAAGUGUUCUGUCAAUAGUAUUGCCAUCUCUAAAGGAUAAAUCUGAUGCGGCAUUGUUAAGGGAACUUAUCCUAAUGUGGUCAAAUUACAGUUUGAUGGCAAGGUGGCUUUGCCGAUUUUUUGAGUAUCUUGAUCGCUACUUUAUCCCUGAAUCUAUGGAACUUUGCUCACUUAGAGACAUCUCAGUUAACUGCUUCAAAGAUUUGGUUUUCAGGGAGUUAUAUUCUAAAUUCCGGGCAGCUGCAAUAUCACUGAUCAAUCAGGAGCGCAUGGGAUUGCACAUUGAUCGUGACUUACUGAAGAAUGUCCUACUUUUCUUUAUGGAAAUCAAUAAGCAUAAAGGAGUAAGCUAUUAUGAAGAUUUUGAGAGGACAAUGCUUGAAGAAACUGCUACUUACUACUCUCAGUUGGCUCAGCAGAUGCUUGUGUGCGAUUCAUCUGAAGAUUACAUGCAAAAGGUUGACCAAUGCUUCAAUGAAGAGAAAGCAAGAGCUAGUUACUACUUGCCCUGCAACUCACAACUCAAGUUAAUAGAGGUUGUCAGAUGUCAAUUGCUAAGUCAACCAGUGGACAAAUUGAUUGAAAAUCGAACAGCUGAGAACAGUGGUCUGGUAACGGAUUAUCAGGAAAUGUUGUCAAAAUAUGCUGGCAUGACUCUUUAAGAGGAAACCUCUGCAACCACACAAUGAGACUUUUGUUGCUCUACCGACAAGCUCAAUGCAGAUAAGCUAAAACUGACAUAUAGUUUUAAUGGAAUACUUAAUGACUCGGAAUUUCAGUCAUUAGAGAAAGAAGAAAGGUUUUGAUGCCUUCGCAACAUUAGCUGUUAGGGCAUAGGGAAUAACCUUCUUUCUUUAUAAUUGAUUAUAUUUUGUACUGCUAGGUAUAUGCAAGCUAUAGUCUUACAUUUCUUCUUAUUUUGAAAAUCUUCUUAUUCUCUUCUAGAUAGUGGCACUUGUAAAUGAACAAACUACAACAGAAAUUCUGUUCUCGAGAUAAUGUAGAUGCAUUAUGAUAGGAUCUCAUCUUGCUUGUGCAGAUUAGAGAGGAUGGAGCUUCAACUGCAGUAAUCAAACAAGACUUGGGAACUGAUAUACAUAAUCAAAAUGACCCAUUCACUACUUUUCUAUUAUGCAAAUCUCGACUUAAAUUUGAGAUAAGAUUUCACUGGUUUUAAUUAGUCAACGAUACUUAAUUUCAAUUCUUGUAGCCUUCAAAGCAGGACUCUGCCAUUGGUUUCAUUAUGAACGCUUCCAAUUCUUGACAAACA